GGUGUUUCCGGUUGUUGUGUCUUGGUUUCCUCGCUGCGAACUCACCAACGGCGUGCUGCAGCUCGGGGCACAACAGCAAACUGGGCGCGCGGUGGCUUGUACCCGCGGGUGUGAAAUGUCGACUGUUUUCUGGCUUUCUUAGGUCAUUUUUCUGCAUUUUGUGUGGAGCACUUUUGUCCCUUCAGAACGUGUUUCUGGAAGAGUCGUGUUGGCACAGGAGGGGCAAUAAAUGUCGCUAAAGUGUCACCUACCUCAAGGGCCAACCUCCCCCCCCCCUCCGCUUCUUCCAGCAAGAAUCGCUGUACAGCCACGCAUGCGCUGGGGCUUGAUUUGCACAUCUGGCACAUCUUUCCUGGAACCCGAUUUGAGUGCCUGGCGCGGCGCUUUUUUCCCCACUUAGCAGUGCGUUAGUAGUUUCACAAAAAAGCGCGUGCCUCUUUCCUUCUUCCUUCUGCGGAGAGCGUCAACUGCGCAAUCAGGCAUGCCAGGGACUUCGCUGACCAUUUGCCCUCACCCGAGACCCCCGUUCAGCCCGCCGGUUCUGGGAGCCGCCAACACUUCUUUUGGUGUGAACCUCAAGCCCGAUUGCUUGAAACUCUCCAAAUCAUUGUUUUCCACCUCUCUAAUUCUCCGCGUCGGUCGUCGCAGUUUUUUUUAUUCUAAGAAGCAGCAAUGGCUCCGCAAGAAACCGCACCAAGAACACCCGCAACGCCUUCGCCGGCAAAGGUGGCGAAGCAGCGCGAAAAAGAGAUUGCCGCGGCAAAGGAGUGGUACAAGAACGCAGGUCCGGUGACUCAGACCGAAAUGCGGAAUCCCGAGGGUCUUGUGCUUCACGGCCACCACUGGGUCGUUCCCAACGCUCGCGCAAAAGUAGUCCUGUGUCACGGGUACGGCAUGCACGCUCGCUUCGAUUACCUUCGCCACGACCCUCAAAACCUCAAGAGCCCGCCUGUGUACGAAGGCUCUUGGGUGCACAAACUCAACAAGGCACAGUGCAGUGUGCACUGCCUCGACCAGCAGUCUUUUGGCCUGUCGGAGGGGCACAAGGGCAAAAAGAGUCACAUUCUGGACAUUGAGCACCUGCCUCGGGACACUCUCCAGUUCCUCUACGAGCAAGUCCUCCCGAGCCAGGAUCCCAGUCUCCCGAUCUUCAUCUGCGGUGUCUCUCUCGGAGGCUGUAUCACGGCGCGCGUCGUCGAACUCGUAGGAGGCGGCUCCGCCAGCACAAAACACAACGCAGUUCAGGCAUCUAGCAACGGUGCGCUGGAAAAGAAACCUUUGCCACUGAGAGGAGCGAUCUGCAUGGCCCCCCUAUUCCGCAUGGAGAGACUCAAGAAGAAGAAUAAGCAUUUGCUUCCCCUCGCACGGGCUCUCGCUGCGCUUGCACCCUCCCUCGAGGUGGGAAAGCCGGCGAAAAACGAAAUGUAUCCUUUCUUCCAAGACCUCAUCGAAGUCGACCCCCUCUGCUACACGGGCAAGUCCAGAGCGCGACUGUCGAACGAGUUGCUCCGCGUUGUGGACACAGUCCGGGAGCAGGCCCCUUUCUUUUCUUUCCCCGACCCAGCUGUGAAAACGAAGGACUCUCCUCUGCCGUAUCCUUUCUACGUCCCGGAGACCCCGUCCUUGCUGAUCGUGCACUCGAAGAACGACACCUUCGUGGACCCGGAAGGCUCUGUCUGCGUCGCCGCCACGCUUGGCGCAAAGAUGGACGGGAGCCAGGAGACCCUCGAGAAAUAUCAAGCCGAGUACGACAACGUGGUGAAGUCGGGAAAGGUGGUGAACCAUCCAGACGCGAAUCUGUGGCUUCUCGACAACAUGUGGCACUGCCUCUCGAAGGAACUGCCCGAAGGUGACUUGCUGAUGGAUCGUGUGAUCCGUGACUGGCUCGCACCACGAAUUGGUGCUGAUGUCAAUGUGAAGGAAGUGAAGGAGGCUAAAGACGAGGCACCGGAGCAAAAGGAAGAUGGGAUUAAGAUACCACAACCUGAGGAGAUUACAGAACGCAAGGAAGGGGAAUCUCCCUCCCCAGAAGUCGAUAAGGCGCCGCGCGAUGCAGUUCCAACGGCAUCGGAGGCCGCUCCUGCACACUCUGAGGUGGAGGCUCCGGCUGUUCAAUCUGAGUCAACAGCGCCCCCAGCUGGCGAAGGCUCUCCUGCCGCCGAUGUGCCUGCCCGAAGUGAGGCAGAGGGUAAGGAACAGCCGGUUGCUUCCCCAACUCAUGAUGAGUCGGCAGCUGCUGAACCGCAGCAAGCCACACCCGCACCUCAGUCUCAGUCUGCCACACCACAGCCCGGAGAACCAACUAACGCCGCCGAGCAGUCUGUGCUAGCUCAAACUCCCGAGCCCGACAACAGAACGUCGGAGGAGGAAUCCGCAGCUACUGCCAAGAGGCUCUCGAAUCAAGUUGCUGCCGACGAAUGAGCUCGCCGUGAGCCAAUGGAGUUGUACUCAGACGUUAAUUUGUAGCGUAGGCGCAGCAGAGGAGAAAUUGAUGUAACAGGUCGGUCAAGCAUCAACCAUGUAUCGGCUCCGUUCGAUCGGUAAAUUCUAUUUGGGUUUAUCUAUCGGUACAACCGGCAGUCACUCGAAGGAGCCACUGGAAGAUAACUGGAGAGCCACAUGCAUUGAGGAUCCAACAGUCGCAUUUCGUGAUGACACCUGAGUCAGCAUCAUCAGCCGGUUAAACGGGAUCGGGGCAAAUUCGAGUACGGGUCUGGAUCGAGCUCUAGAGAAGUGGAGCCGCUUGUCCGUAAUUCACCGUUGCUUAUCAAUGGUCAUAGUGGCAUUGUUGAAUGCUCCGCUUUGGCUUUUUUGUCGAUGGGACCAGCUCGGAAGCAGUUUAUUCCCUCUUGUUCGAAGGCGGAAAUCCCUUAUGGAACACGCGUUUCUUAUGAUUUUGCGCGAACAACGUAUCCUGUGGUGUCAGCUGAGCAGACUCACUAACUGUUGAAAUCCCGGAUAUAACCGUGAAAAGGUGUGGUGAUUCA